CUUCCUGCGAGGCCAGAGGGCUGGAAGGGCUUCUGGGAAGAAAUCCUGCACCAGGAGCAGCGCGCACCUCAGCGCAUCUGGGACUCUCUGCAGCUCCUUUCCCCCCAGGUGUCCUCUCCCCAUCCUUCCCUCACACAGCUCUGGGCUUGGCCCACUUUCUCUGCCUUCCUAUCUGAUAGGCACUGUCCGCCUGUGUUCCCACACGAGAGCCAGCCAGAAAGCCGCUGGCCACGUGCAGAUGCCGGCCACGAAGACGCUAGCCACGAGAGCACUGGCCGUAUGGCUGCUUCUUGUCACAGCCCGGGCCGAGGAGCAGGAUAAGGUGGUGCACGGUGGCCCCUGUGACAGCGAUUCCCAUCCUUUCCAAGCGGCUCUCUACAACUCGGGUCACUUGCUCUGUGGCGGGGUUCUCAUUCAUCCCUCAUGGGUGCUUACAGCUGCCCACUGCAAAAAACCGAAUCUGCAGGUCUACCUGGGGAAGCACAACCUACAACAGAGAGAGGCUUCCCAGCAGCAGAUCUCCGUGGCCCACACUGUGAUCCACCCCCGCUAUGACCCUGCCUCCCACGACAACGACAUCAUGAUGGUGCAGCUGGAAGUUCCAGUGAAACUUUCUGAAAAGAUCCAUCCCCUCCCGUUAAGCAGGAACUGCACAGCUGAGGACUCCAGCUGCAGCAUCCUGGGCUGGGGCAAGAUGGAAAAUGGUGACUUGCCUGACACCAUCCAGUGUGCCAACGUAAAACUGGUGUCCCACAGUGAAUGUGAGCGUGCCUACCCUGGCCAUAUCACCUGGAACAUGGUGUGCGCAGGCGAUGAGAAAGAGGGGAUGGACUCCUGCCAGGGUGAUUCUGGGGGUCCCCUGUUAUGUGGUGGUCGCCUCCGAGGCAUUGUAUCAUGGGGUAACAUCCCCUGUGGAUCUGAGAAGAAGCCGGGGGUCUACACCGAUGUCUGCAGAUACCGUGGCUGGAUUAGAAACACCAUUCGAUCCAAGUAACCCUGAUGUAGGACACUGAACUCUUGACCUAUGGUCUCACUCUCUGGCUACAGAAUGGUACACCCCAAGACCUUGGCCCUCCCAAGUCCCUUUGUUGCCCAGGUCUGGCCCUUGAUACUUAAUAAAGGUACUCACAUGGA